AUGGAAUCGGAUGACGAAAUUGAUGCGCUGGUCUCGGCACAGGUGGGGAUGACGCGUGCUGGGGCAACGACAUUGCCCGCGUCCGUGAGCGACGAGGAGCUGGACGCACUGAUCCACGAGGCACUGACAGGAGCAUCGGCGGCGCCAAAGACUGGUGAAAACAGAGCCAUGGCCGCCGAAACACAUCCACGGCAGCAGCAGCGGCGUAUCCAGCGAAACCAGGUUUCUUUUCCCAAGGCAUCACCAGCAGUGGAUGUGAGAAUAGCAACGGGGGAUUCGGCGGCGCAUGAUCCCAUAGUGGGGGCCCAGCGUGCAUGCUCCUCCUCCUCAUCCAAGAGCAGCGAGACUGACAGCGAGGCAAUGCUGCAAGCCGUCCUAGAGGGUUACGGGUUUCCAGGCCCGAAAGGUCUUGAGACGCGUCAUUUGCGUGGAAAACAACCGAAGACGGUCCUGCAGGAGCACGAGGAGAUCACAAAAGACGAAGGUGACGAACAAAAUGAGGAGGAAACUGUGCUGAUGGAGGCUCUCCUGCAUCUUGCUCAACCUCCGCGAGAACUUGUCUCUAAGAACCGUCGGCAGAGCGGGGAUUCCAGGCCGCAUGAUAGCUCAACUCAAAUAGUAACAACACAAACUAAGACGACAAAGCUGCCUGCAUCAAACCCUUUUGCGAGAGGUAAUGGCGAACACCCCAUGUUAUCGGACACACCCAAUAGAAAUGGUGAAAACCCUCCAUGUGAAUUUUCGAGCGAAGAAGCCGCUCAGUGUCCUGAACAUCCUCCUGUCAUUCCAAAAGACGGGAAAUUAUCUAGCUCCAUGGAGCCCUCCCCCGAGUUGCAAGACAUGGAAGAUGAGAAGCAAAUUCUUACGGCCAUAUUAAAUGCGGUUCGCGAUCGUCAGUCAAGUGUGAGCGGGGACUUGGUGUAUGGGGAAGAUGACUGUAAUGUGGAUGCCGUGUUGCAGCACGCUGAACAAAUCGCGGCAUCGUCGCUUCGUGAGAACAAAGUUCAGCUGAACCGCAUUUUGCACUUACAUGAGCACAUUGAAAUGCGUGAGGAACUAAGAAGGGCUCGAGGGUCCGUGGGGUGGCCUUCCUGUGUCUGUGCGCGAUCCGCUCCUGUGGUGAUAGAAGGGGAUCCCCCAAAGGGUUCUGGAGCAUCGUCAUUAUCGUUACUACCGGCAGCAGCAGCAAAGCGGCCUGCUUUAUGCGUCGGCACUACCCUUGGUGUCGUGCUGCUCUUUGACGCAAAUAAAAAAAUCUGUGGUAUGUGUGGCUCCGUUUUAGCCUUCUCGAUAGAAGCGCGGGGCGCUGUUGUCUCUCUUUUCCUGUCA